CAUGCACAUCUCCGUCCCUUUCUGCUCAAACUAAUAGUGAAAAAUCGCUAUUACACUACAGUAAACACCAGUCGGCGACUGCACAGUGAAAUUACGCGGGGCGCACAUUGAAAACACCACGGGUACUGUGGUGUGUGCAGCGAAGACGUGAAGGUGUAGCCUACAAGUCUGUUUUGAUGGGGAGAAUGGCGGAUGGGAAAGCUACAGUGUUUGUGGAGUGGGACAGCGGCGAUGGGGCUUUGAAUGUUUAACACCCCACUUGUGCAAUUAAAAUAAUUUUAAAAAUUGCUUAGCUUGGUGCUCGGCUACUCGGCCAUGGAUCCAGAGAAAACGCGGACGUUCUGCCACGGGCUGCAGUUUGAAGAGAUGACUAUGUCCCUGCAGGGGUUGGUAGUAACCGAAGAUGCCACGGUGCCUGUAAAGGAGAUUGACAUGAGCACAAUUGAUAAGAUGGUGAAGCAUCAAGGGGGCUCCGGCAGCCAGCCUGCUGUCAGUCCCAAAUACUGCCCAGGAGUAAACAACAGUCCAGGCUAUCUGUGUGAAACAGGACACUGCUGUGGAGAGACGGGCUGCUGUACCUACUAUUAUGAACUCUGGUGGUUUUGGUUGUUGUGGACAGUACUGAUCCUCUUCAGCUGUUUCUGUGCUUACCGCCACCGCCGAGCCAAGCUGAGAAUCCAACAGCAGCAGAGACAGAGAGAAAUCAAUCUGAUCGCUUAUAACGGAGCUUGCAACUACCCUUCCUCAAUGCUGGACCUCAGUUUUCUGACGUCUCUCAAGUUGCCCUCUUAUGAGGAGGUGGCUGCACAGCCCAGCACCCCUCCUCCACCAUACAGCUCGAUCUUUGCCCUCCAGUCAAGUACCACAGUGGGUCCCAGCUCCUCCUACCCCCAUCAUCACCACCACUGCCACCCCUGUCCACCCUACUUGGGCCCCUGCCCAAGUGGCGUGACCUCCUCUCAGAGCUCUGACAACUAUACCAGCUGUUCCUGCGAGUCAUGCUCCCUCACCUCCCCUUCCAGUACCUCCUUUUCUCUCCAGGUGACAGAUGAAACAUAUGACAGCAGCCACAUUUCCACACCCAGUGACGCAGGGGUCGACUUUGCUAUCUUGCCCAGGGUUGGGGCCGUAUUCAUACCGACACCCUCCUCACCUCCCACCUUGCAAGUCCCACCUGACAUUAUACCUUCAGCUGCUCCGGAUGUCAUACCAGUGCAAAGAUGUCCCCCUAAUGGCAGUGAAGGAACCUCAUGUUGUGCUCCUGCCCUUUCUCUCCCUUUACACCGUUCACAUCUUUCAUGCCUCCCACUCUCCCCCUUCGUCUUAUUAUCCUCCAUUCCUCCUGGUCAAGCCCAUCCUCUUGUUCCCUCACACGCAUCUGGUCCCAUGGUAAUCCAGAAAGUGAAGGAGGGGACCUCCUCUCGUGAUCAAACCCCAUCACAGGCUGUUUCUGUGCAUAGUUCCAACAGAGAGGAGCAAAAACAAGAAAGAGAAGAGGAGGAAGAGGAAGAAGACGAUGAUGAGGAGGAUCAUUUCCGGCAUCGACGACUAACGGGCGACUCAGGCAUUGAGGUGUGUCGCUGUCACGUGAAGAGAGAUAAAGAGGAACUGCAAAAAGGGUGCCUGGAUAAUGGAAGAAAAGAGUUUGUGAAAGAAGGGGAAAAGGCAGACAUGAUGCACAACACCAUAAGGCCCAGUGUCCAGUCACCACUACUGGACUGCUGUGAGGAACACCAUGGCCACGUCUCUUUGUCCUCCAGCAGCAUCUGUAAGGCCUGAGAAGCUAUCAUCACUGUGGAGUCAUCAUAAGCUGCCAGACAGGUAGAUGUGGUCAGAAAAUAUAUGAUGAAGACCAACAGGUGAAAAGGUAAAUCACUAAAGAAAAAUCUUUCAGAUCUAACUGUAACUUUUACAAGCAAAGGGACAGAAGGAGCAAUGCUUAUUUCAAACAAGAAACUCCAGUAGAACCUGAGAACUGAAUUUUUAAAAUGAUUAAUGAUCAGUUCAUUGGGCUUGUAGUUUGUAAGAUAGCAUAUUGUUUUUCUUCUCUGUCUUUUUCUUGCUGAAGCUACUGUAACAAUCAUAAGAGCUUUACAAUUACCAGGCAUGCACUGCAUGCAAACCAGCCCUGCUGUUAUCCUUUUACUUUUCUCUUUUCUCGUCUCUGUACGAUACAACAUUACUCCCAAAGUAGCAUUGUAGCGUCAUGACGUGAAAUCCUUUAUAUCUUCUGUUCCCAGCCUUUGUGUCAGAACAUCUUAAAGGGUUGACUAUAAAGUACGGUGUAAGGAAAAGAAAUAUAAUUUGUUCUGCUGUACAAAAAAAUGACAGAAUAUUCAGAAUUUCAUCUAAUCUGUACUUUCUUAAAAACACAAACAAACAAAGAAACAGAUAGGUCUGUGUCUGAAAGUAUUUUAAAAAUGUGUUUGGAAGUUUCAUAAUUUCCAAAUGUAUGCAAUGCAUGCUGGGACAACAACAAACUCUUCUUUCAAUAUAUUGUGUAAUACAGCAGAAUUACACUUCUUAUCCAGUGCAACAAACAUAGAUAAGGUUGUUUAUUAAUACCUGACAGUUUCAUAAAAUGGAAACAAAACCUGUUUACUAAGUGAAAAAAGAAGGAAGGUGAAAGCAAGUGUGUUGGGAUCAUGUAAUAUAAUCCAUAUUUAAGGAUCCUUUCAUUUAUAAAGUUGCACUUGCAAAUAAUAAACACUGAAAUGUUGAAAAGUGAUGAUUUUUUUAGGUUUUACCAGCAUACUUUCCUCAUUUACAAGAGGAAACUAUGGUAUAAACAACAAUUUUGACUGAUUAAUCAGGUAGAUGUUUUAUAUUUUGCAUCAUGUGUUGCUUCUGUAAUAAAAAAGAAUGCAAACAUGGGUUAAAAUGUGUGACUGUAAUAUCCUAUACGGUGGUGUUAUGUUGGUUAGAAUUAGUUGUUUCAGACUGUUACGUCGACACUCUGCAGUCUCGCAGUUUUUUAACUUUGAAUGUGUUUUAACAAGUUGCUAGUUGGUAGUUGCCAUUCUUUGCAAGGCGAUGUGAAUCUGAUUCCUUUGUGGGCGGACUGUUGAAUUUUUACGAGGUAGACGCUUUAUCUCAAUCUCGCCACUGAAUAUGAAUGUAAAAGGUUAUGCAAAGCAACGGAGAAUAUACUCAUACUGUUUUUAUUGUGGAAUGCCUGAUUGAAAACUUCUGGAAAAGUGUGCAAAACUGCUGCAAGACACUAGUUGAGGGGCUUUAAAAAUGAAUGCCCAUUGUAAAAUCUUUCCGCAUUGAGUAAUGGUUGUUGAAUAUCAAAUACGUCAGAUUAGGGAUAUAAGUGGCUGAACUGUCUUUAUUGAUGAUUGCUGCUGUGGAUAAAUAUGUCACUUAACAAGAUUUGGACUGCUUUUCUUUUAGUGUGCCCUAGUGGUUCAUGUGUGGAAGCCCAGUGCAGAUUUCCUGUCUCUUAAGAAUAUUCCCUGCCUCAAUAAGCCAAGUUUAGCACUCUCACCUGAUGCUCUGGUCAUAGGAUGUAGUAGGGAUAGUAGCACACUUGGACAUUUUUGUAAUGAACUAUUCUGUAAAAUGAUUAAAAUGAAUUACAUUUUAAUUACUCAAAAUUAACUAAAUGUUUUAGUUUUAGAAACAGACAAUAUCUCAAAUUACAUUUUGGACGUGUUUAUCUAUAAGUCUCUGUAGUUCAUCCACUGGAGGUCGGGCUACCGUGACCUCAGUUAAAAGCUGACAUAAAUGUCUUAUUCCUGAAGCAUUUUUCAGUAUGUGGAUGGAAAAACUCUGUAGUACAGUUUUUAAAUAAAUAAUUUGCUCAUGUGUACUUUGAUAAGAAUUGCGUUGCAGUUUGGCUUUGUUGUAAAGGUCAUCUUCUGGUCGUCUCUGUUCAAAGCUCUUGUGCAGUGACUCACAGGGUGUAUCAGAGGGCACUGUCUCUCCUUUGCUACAGAUGACAUAAAAGCCUGUUGGCACUUUUCAUUUUCAUGUGUUCUUUCUUCCAUAUGUUGUUGAUCAGAAUAUAUUGGUGCCUAGAUGAAUACAGACACUCUAUGAGACUUUCUGUAGUGAAUUACUAAUAUGUGUGUUUUCUUUACCUUGUAAAUAGCUCUACAUUUGACCGGCAGAUAUUUUUUAACUGUUCUUAGCAGUACAAUUGUAUUUAGCAAUAGCAUUCACAAUUUUUCCUUGUUCUAGUAAAUGCUGGCUGAUAGGAAAGAAACUGUUGUGAAACAUUUACCUCUUUAUUACACAUCCACGAGCUGUGUCGGGCAGAGGCCCCUGAUUGUACGAACACAGCAUUUUAAAUGCCUUUGGCUUAAGGGUUUCUCCCAAGUGCAAACUCACAUUAUGUGGUUUCACUGUAGCUCUUGUUUGUGCCUCUUGUAUUACUACUACAUUUGGUUCAGAGUUCAGCAUUGUCUCAGAAAGUAUUUGAAAAAUGCCUCUCUCUUCUGCUCUAUAAUACAUUGUCUGCUGUGUGAUUUGAAAGAUUUGGUUACCAAUUCUCAAGUUGCAAUUUAUUUUUAUGUAAACCUAAAUUUAAACAUUAUUAUUAGGUAUACUUUUUGUAUUAUUUUAGCUUUUAUUUAAUGAAAAAUAAUGCAGUUCUUUAUAUGUGUUAUGUCUUGUCGUAACAAGAAGUUUAAGGGUUAUGUCUGCAGUUUUUUCUUUUUUAACAGAAUUUACCUUGAGAAUAGUUUAAACAUAUAUGUAAAGUUGAUAAAUGGAUUAUUUUAUGUUGUGACUAACAUAAAUUACAAAAAAUCUGAUUUGUUGAAAAUUCUGUUUGCAGUUACAAACAAUAUUCAAGAACAAAUGGACACUGUGGCAUUUGGGAAACUCACAACAUUCCCAUUUUUAUUUAAUUUAAUUUUAUUCUUAUGUUAGAACUAGUGGUGCCCAAAAUAAAACUAAAACAGUCAUUUAUGCAUACUGGUAUUGGUUUUUUUAUGUUGAAAAUACAUGUACAGCCUUAAUAAAUUAUUAAUAUCUGGAAAUUUCACUUGGGUUGGGGAUGCUCACGUUCAUGUAACUAAUAAAAACUUCAUAUAUUUUUCAGCAUUAAGGUUAAAAGGAGGGGAAAAACAAAGACUUCUUAUAUUUAUUCUAUUUUGACUGGAUGGACAUUAAAGGCUUUUAGGACUCUGCAGAAGUGUAUUCACACACAAAUGUAGUAGACACUAGAGCAGGGGUCUGAAGCUCCCGUCCUUAAGGGCCACUGUCCUGCUGGUUUACAUGUCUCUCUGCCCCAGCACACUUCAUUAAAAUGAAAUGGCUCCAAGAGCUUGUUGUCAAGCCAGAUGUGUUGCAGCAGGUUUAACAUCUAAAACCUGCAGAACAGUGGACCUCAGUGUCCUGAUUUUUAGAUCCCUGCAUUAGAGGCACAAACUGGAGCCAAUUUUAUCCAAACUCUGAUUCUGAACUGAAGCAAGAUUUUUCUGGGUUCACUGUAAAUAGAAGCUGAAUUUGUUUUGCCUUGUCAGCAGCUACUGUGUACAGACGAAUACUUAAACUGUAGGCCAAGGCCAGAUUUAAGACUGUUAACCUUGCUCGAGUUUUGACUGAAAGGACUGUUUUCUUCUUCCUCUGAAGAUAGUGCUUAAUCUAUAUUUGUACUGUUUUGUUUUUAUAAUGCCAGGAGUUGGAGAAUUGAAUUUAAAAAAGCCCACGUUGGUCCAGCUGAACUCACAACUGCUUGUCUCCUGGGAUACAAAUAGUUCCCCUUUCACUCCUGCAGCCAUGAGGAAGCAGGAUAUAUAGCAGUAUCUAUAUGUAACUGUUUGUGGAAAAGUACAUAUUGAUAUUACUCCAACAUGUGGUGUACUUUGAGGGUAUCGUUGUGCAGUCUUACCUGCAGCUCGUCAGUGUGUUGUACUCAUGUGUGAGAGAGUUGUCAUCAGCUGUCAUUGUCGCUUAUUAUGAAGCCAAAGGUGAGUGUUGAUGGUAUUUGUUAACAUGGUAUUUGUUGAUAUAAAUACCCAAACAUAUUUCUGUGUGUCUGCUUUUGUAUCUUGGUGUAUAGUGUAGGUAUUACUGAUGAAGUCCCAUUUUUAAAUGUUUACACAUAUUCUUGCAUUUUUUUUCUAUUGCCAUAAAGAUUCUGUCAAACACAAACAUCUACACUAUCUUACUCAACAAAACUUUGGAUUUUGUGUCUAAAUAAAUGUGCUACCAAAUAA